CUUCCAAGGUGCUGGGAUUACAGGCGUGAGCCACUGUGCCCAGCCUGAAGCUGUAUUUCUUUUUGGUCAAAUAUUCGUUAGAGGAAAUGUUUCUUCUUCAGUUUUACAUUGCGGGGAGCCCAGCCCCUGUGGGCAGGGCGGCCAUGAAGUUUAACCACCACUCAAUCUAAACCGAACGAGAGCGCACACCUCCUCAGCCAUGUAGGUGGGAACACGAGUGGGACGAAGGAAUCUGAGGUCGCACCCUUCUCCCUCUGCCCGCCCUGCCACAGGAGACGCUUCCAGGCUCCCGACGGGGAGGGCCAGAAAGGCUCUCUACUAGGAGGACAUCCCUACACUUGCCAGAACUAAAACUGAGGCAGCGGCAAGAACUCGGCGUCCAAAACGCUCCCCAAAGCCCUCCAAUGCCCGCAGGACGCUGGAGCCAGCCCGGCUGCAGCCGCCAUUGCGCAAGGUCGCGCGCCAGGCACUGGCUGCCCAGAAGCGGGAGCGCAAGGAAGGUCCUCUGUACCAGAAAGGCUGCCCACGGCACAAACACUGAUCCCAUGUCCUGUGUCAGGGAAAGGGAAGGCAAAGAAAAGAAAGAGAAGGCCAAGGAGACCUACCUGAUUGAGGUCACGCGCCAGCGGGAAAGGCCCAGUCCGCUCUACGUCCCGCAGUUGCAACUCAGAUACGGGGUGAGAGGCUUGUUCUCAAGACCAGACACUGCCGGUGCCCUAUCACCUCCCACUUUUUUUCUGAAACUGCUAGGGGCCCAGCGCUGCUUCUGCAGCCUCCCAGGGGAGGCUGCUGGUGGCGGGUACGCCGCCUAGGUGGGUGGGGAUGUGCUGAGGCCGAAGGAGUGACAGCGACUCGCAGGUUU